GUUAGUAAUAAGUUUGCUAUUUUCAUUGGAUUGUCAAAUCUCAUAUUUACAAAUAAAGUAGCACAUGGCAUAUUUGGAUAUUUUUUACAAAAUAAAUGUGAUUUUAAAUCAUAUUUCCAAUUUGAUCAUACUUCUCAUUCAAUCUCAAAUAAGUUAUAUUUAUUUAUACAUUGCUUUAAAAUCUGUCACCACUGUCAACAUACUCUUGAGACUGCAAUGCCGAACUUUCCCGAGGAGAUCAUCGUUGAGGUACUCUUGAGGCUCCCUGUCAAAUCUCUCUGCCAAUUCAGGUGUGUUUCGAAACGAUGGCUCUCUCUUAUCUCCGACCAUCAUUUCAUCAAAACCCACCUCAAUCGCAGCACCAACGAACCCGAACAACUCAUUCUCAUUUCGAAUUUUUCUGAUUUCUAUUCUGUGGAUCUGAAAUCAUUCCAAUUCCGUGAUGAUUUUGUGGCAGUCCACCUGAAAUUCCCACCUGAGCAAAACCCUAAUCGUGGCGUUGAUAUUUGGGGUUCAUGUGAUGGCUUGUUGUUGAUGCUUGAUAUUUGUUUCUCUUGCAUUUUGGUGAACCCAUCUACUAGAGAAUCUAGAAAAUUGCCCAAAUCAUCUUUUUCUGAGUCUAAAUUUCAUUUGAAUAGUUAUGGGCUUGGUCAUGACUCAUCUAAUGAUGACUACAAAGUUGUGAGAAUUUCUAAUCAUGACCAAGAUGCUAAUUGUGCUGAUAACAUGUUCAUGGACCUUCACGAGGGAUUCUUGUUAGAGGGGCUCUCCACUGGUUAG